AUGUCCCACUCGAGCCGGCGCCACGAGGAGCGGAGCGGGCGGCAGCGCAGCCCCGGCGCGCCCUGGCCCGGCGGCAGCGGCAGCGGCUCCAGCGGCGGCGGCAAAGGGCUGGAGCGCAAGGAGCAGAAGAGGAAGAGGCGCGACGUCCAGCAGAUCCAGCAGAUCCAGCACCUGGAGUCCUUCUAUGAGAAACUUCCUCCAGGGCUGAUUAAGGAAAACGAGACAAAACCAGAGGAUUGCAUUCCUGAUGUGCCUGGUAAUGAAAACGCACGAGAAUUCCUCGCACAUGCGCCAACAAAGGGGCUCUGGAUGCCUCUAGGAAAAGAAGUCAAAGUUAUGCAAUGCUGGAGAUGUAAACGUUAUGGACACAGAACAGGGGAUAAAGAGUGUCCUUUCUUCAUUAAAGGCAAUCAGAAGCUUGAACAAUUCAGAGUAGCACAUGAAGACCCCAUGUACGAUAUAAUAAGGGAAAAUAAGCACCAUGAGAAAGAAAUGCGGAUACAGCAGUUGAAGCAGCUGCUCGAAGACUCCACUUCGGAUGAAGACAGCAGUAAUGAGAGCUCCAGUUCUUCGGAGGGUAAGGAAAAGCACAAGAAAAAGAGAAAGAAAAAAGAGAAGAAGAAGAAGAAAAAGAGAAAGCGCAAAUCUUCCAAGUCAGACAGAAGGUCUGAAUCGGACUGAGGAGAU